UCCACGAUGGCCGACGACGCACCUUCCUUUCUCACGCUCAAGCAGGUCAAUGGCGAUUCGCACCGCAUUGAGAUUGAUGUGGCGGCUGUAACAGUGCUCGAACUGAAGUUGUCUGUACAAGCUAAGCUCAACUACCCUCCUGAGGCGCAGCGGUUGAUCUUUCAAGGUCGCGUCAUGGACGACAGGCAACUCCUGACUCACUACUCACUUUCGUCGGGACUCACGGUACAUCUCGCAGUGAACACUAAGCUUGCUCCAUCAGCAUCUGCAGGUCAGUCUACUGUGCCUGCUUCUACGGCGUCACCCCCCAGUGCGACGCCUCCUGCUACGGCUGUGCUACAGCAACUCCUGCCACUCUUGCGGACACAGCCUGGUGGCCCGGCCGCCAUUGCGACGUUGAAGAAGAUGGCCGAAAACAUUCUUGCCAACCCAACGGAGCAAAAAUAUAUGAAAAUUCGCCUCAACAACGAAGCCCUGAAGCGCAAGAUUCUGGAUAUUCCUCAUGGUUUGCAAUGCGUGCAAGCUAUGGGGUUUGCCCCUGGAAUUGAAGACGGAUACCUCGUAAUCGUGCCGACUGCUAGCAACUGGGAUCUCGUCGUGGCGUCCAAGCGCUCGUUGGAUCAAUUCGACGCUGCCCAGCAAGUUGCCUCCCCGUUCCAGCCAUUUUUGUCGCAGCAAAAUCCUGCAUCGUUUCCGUCGGCUGCCCCUGGCAACAUGUCACCCGAGUCACUUUUGGCCAUGUUGGACAACCCCAUGUUUGCUCAAAUGGUGGCGUCGGAUUCACGGCUCCAACAGAUGGCCCAAGGCAACCCGAUGCUCCAACAAACGCUCCAGAACCCUGCGCUCCUUCGGCAGUCCCUUCAAGCAGUCCAAAGCGACCCCUACAUGCGUCAACAGAUGCAGCAGAUGAUGAACAACCCCCAGCAAAUGCAGCAAAUGAUGGCAAGUAACCCGAUGUUUGGUGGCGCGGCCGCAAACCCUUUUGAUGGUGGGUUUGGAGCACCAGGGCCGUCGCCAGCGGCUGUGUCUCCGUUCGGUGCCCCCGUGUCACUGACCAGCCAACAACCUUUUAAUUCCCCAGCUCCCUCCACUUCCAGUUCCUCGACUGCCCCUCCCGCUGCGUCGCAAGUGCAAGCCCCGCUUCUAUCCGAGGAAGACGAGAUCGCAGAAGCCAUUGCGCGGUCGUUGCGAGAGAUGUAAUGUAAUCACAUCGUAACGAAACUUUGUGCGAGGAAACCUGCUGAAAACAUGUCCUUGCGCAAGGAUGCAUGUGCGGCGCGUUCACUGCCGCCACAGUUCCAUUUCCCAAACUUGUAGCAUGCAUGAUCACGAUGCUAGUACG